GCGAAUGUUUGCAUUGCUUGGUGUAGAUUUUAAUCAUUUUACUGCACAAUUUACUUCUUCAUUUUUGUUUUUAAAAUGGUGUGCUAAUUGUAAAAUAUUCAUCUUGCUACUAUUUUUUCUUAUUGAUGUUUUAAUUCUAUGGAUUUUGGCUUCCAAUUUUUUCUAAUAUGAGUAGUUCAAUGAUACAACUUUUGGAGGUAUUUCAUAACGAACGGUCGUCAAUUGAGUAAACGUAUAGGCAAAUGCUGCAUAUUGUUCUUGAAAUUAAAUAUUUUUAAGAGUCAUUCCAGGAAUGGUUUUGUCAUAAUAAAAUUUAAUAAGUCAUCUAUCAUCGUUAAAAUUGUGCAAAAUUGAAUUUUAUUCAUUCGCAAAUAUUUUUUGUCGAAGCAGUGCUGCAAGAUAAAAGUAGAGGGUCUAGUGAAGAAACUAUGAAUUCAGAAGUUGGGUAUCUGCGAGUCUAGGAAUGCGCUGUGUUGACUAUUGAAUGAGUAAAGGAAAACACGCUUGAAACACCAAACACACGGAAACAAUUGUGGAGUAUUUCAGAUCGUUUUAAAUAAUGAUAGAAAUGAGUCACACCGACGAAGAUUUAAAAGACGCUGGUCUCUUCGCUGGCGAAGAUGAUAAGCUACCUGCCAAUGACGUUUCAGAGAAAUGUCAUACCGCUCUUGAAAUUUUACAGAAUGAAUUGAUGAAUUGUGAAAGAGAUAUUUCGUUGGAGAAAUCAGUUCGCGAACAGAAUGAGAGAAAAUUUCAAUGCUUCGGGGAAUCGAAGGAUAUCUCCAGUGAAGUUAUGGAUAAUGUUCCAAAUGAAAAAUUCGUACGCCUUGAUGACACUGUUGUUUCAGGCAAAAAUGACAUUUUUAGUAACGAUCAAUAUUGCGAAUUAAUUGAAAAAGUUACGCGCAUUAGUAAUCAAUGCAAUGGGAUCGAAGAAGAUGCCGUGCAGAAAAUCAUUUUCGAGUACGCUGAAUUGAACAAUAUUAAUCACGGUUUUGAUAGAACUUCACGAAAGACAGGAGAUGAAUGGUAUCAACGCUUCAUACGAUCGUAUCCGCAAUUGAAUUCUGUGGUCAAAAAACCUUGUAACGAUACAAUUCAACUUGGUGGAACGGAUACCGAGCAAACAAAUGAAAUCGUCGAUGCAUUUAUAUCCGAUUUUAAAAAAAGCAAAGAAGAUGCGACCAAUUACCAAUCAAUGGAACUCGAGGAGCUAGAAAACGAAAAACAUUCUCGUGUUGCGUCUGAAAAAGACUCCACUAAAUUGGAAACGUCACCUUGUUUGAAUAGCAGCGAAGGAGUUGUAUCUGUAUGCCUUUUCAAUGAUGCCGAUAUUUUCAAUCAAAACGACUCUAAUCAUGUUCUCAGUGAGAAUUCGUCGUUGGCUGAACCAGUUGACGGAAAUAAUGAGGUGACUACGGAAUCUAAACAAACGUAUUCCAACGAUUUAGGAGAAAAUGCGAGCUUCGGCUUAAUUGAAACUCCGCAGAGCGUUGAGAAUUGCGGUAAUGAAGAAUUUAUCGGCACAGUUUCUUCCGUAAACUCGAAUAAUUCGCAUUUAGUAAACGAUUAUUCUGGCAAUGAUCAAAAUAUCUCGAAUGAAUCUGACCGAGAAUUGAACGGUACAUCGGAAAAUGUUGCUGAAAUGAGAAAUGAUGACAGUUACGGCGUUGUAGUUGACGAAGCGAACACCUCGUUUCGAGAAAUUUCUUUGUGUUUGGAAACUCCAGACAUCGAAUGUACUGAGAAAGCUUCUGGAAGUGAAAUUGAAAUGAAAAACGAUGACAUUACGGCCGUAGCUGACAAUGCAUGUAUUGAGUCAAACGAUGGCAAAACCCCCAAUGGGGAAGAUGUAACAGUUUCUGGGAAAUCAACAUCGGAUUUGAAGGACGAUGUCACCGGAAAUUUACAAGUUCCCUAUCCUCAGAAUGAAAAUAUGGCGAAUAACUCCAUUCCUCCUUCUGUCAGCACUGACGCAGUCGCCGAUGAAACUCCACCUUCGGUUCGGUCACCGUCGAAACGAAAAGAUACCGAUUCUCCGGCUGGUCCUGAGGGUCAAGAAGAAGCGAAAAAACCGAAAAUAGGCAAAAAGAGAGGACCGUUGAGCAAGAGAAAGAAGAGAGCCAAAUAUCUAUACAAAUUGAAAUCAUACAAUGGGUCUGUUUUAUAUUUCACUAGUUCGACUUCUGUUAGUUUCAUUAAACCGAUGAUCACAUUAACUAAGUUGGAUGAAAAUUCCUACAGGAACUCCGAUGAUACAAUUACUACGUUGCCGAACGAAGAUGCCCCAUUAGAAAUGAAUCAUAUCGACGACACUGAAAUGCUGAACGCUGAUGAUGAUGUAACAGAUCAAAUGGAAACCGAAAUGACGAAUCAUACCGAUGAAAAAGAAAUGCUAGGUGCUAACGAUGGUAUAAAGGAUCAAGUUGAAACCGAAACGACGAAUCAUACCGACGAAAAGGAAAAGCUAAACGCGGAUGAUGAUUCAAACGAUCAAGUUGAAACCGAAACGACAAAUUGUACCGAUGGAAAGGAAAGGCUAAAUGCAGAUGAUGAUUUGAAAGAUCAAAUUGAAACCGAAACGACGAAUUCUACCGACGAAAACGUAAUUCUGAACACUGGUGAUGAUUUGAAAGAUCAAAUUGAAACCGAAACGAAAAAUUCUACCGACGAAAACGUAAUUCUGAACACCGGUGAUGAUUUGGAAGAUCAAAUUGAAACCGAAACGACAAAUUCUACCGACGAAAACGUAAUUCUGAACACUGGUGAUGGUUUGAAAGAUCAAGUUGAAACCGAAACGACAAAUCAGACCGAUGAAAUAGAAAUGCUAAACGCUGCUGAUGAUUCAGAAGAUCCAGUUGAAACCGAAACGAAUUCCAUCUCCCACGAUGAUGAGUUGAAAAGCCAGGUUGAAGAGGACACGAAUUCAUGCGCCAACGUCGAGUUUGAACACCAAGGUGAAACCGAAUCGAACUCCAGCGCUGAGUUCGAGUUGAAAGAUCCAGUCGAAGUAGAAACGAAUCCCUGCGCUGACGUUGAAAUGACAAAACCAGUUGAAACAGAUGCGAAUUCCUGUACCGACGUUGAUAUGAAAGACCAAGAUGAAACAGAAACGAAUUUCGACGCCGACGUUCAGAUGGAAGAUCAAGAUCAAGCUGAAACGAAUUCUUGCUUCGAUGUUGAAACGAAAGAUGAAGAUCAAACAGAAACGAAUUCUUGCGGGGACCUUCCGUCGACAGAGCGAAUUUUAACUGAAACGAAUCCUUGCGCCGAUGUUGAGUUGAAAAAAGAGUUCGAAACCGAAACGAGUUCCAGUGCCGACGCCGGAUUAAAAGACCAAGUUGAAACAGAAAUAAAUUCUCGUGCCGAUGCUGAUUCUAAUGACCAUAUUGAAAUGGAAACCAGUUCCAACUUUGAUAAUGAUUUGAAAAAUCAAGAUGAAGCGGAAUCAAACUUGAGCUCUACUGGUCCUUUAGAGCAACAAAUAAAAACGGAAACUCAUUCUAGCCUUAAUGAUGACGAAUCAAAAGACCCAGUUAUAGCGAAAACAGAUUUAAGCGCUAGUAACGAAUCGAAUGACCAAGUUGUUGAUGAUACCAAUUCUAAUAAUGAUAAUGAAUCGAAUAAAGAAGUUGCGAACUCGACAGAAAUGACCAAGGAAAAAAAUACCAGUAAACGUACUAACAACGAAGGUGCUACUCCCAGAACGAAGAUGAAUACCAGUAACGAGAAAAUAACGCCUACGUUCAGUAUGCAAACUCGAAGAAAACGUUUGAAAUUUUUACCCGAUGGUACAUUAGUGACGCCGAAUCAACGACACCCGCAUUUUUCCGAAGAGUAUUCGUCAUCAUCGCGGUCCGAGCCGAAAAGUUCUAGAAAACGACCUUUGAAAAGUUCUCCGCAAGAUACACCUAGACCAGAAAAAAAGAUGAAAAUGGCGUCUACACCUUCGCCGGCCACUCCGAAACAACCAAAUCGGCCCACAGUAACGGUGAAAAAAGAGCCGAAAAGUCGACCAGACAGAUACAUUCCCAAACCGAAUGGCCAGAGUAAAAAACCUCAAAAACUUUUCGAUUACGAUAGCUUUUAUCGCGAAAAUUUUCGCCAAACAGAAGUACAAUUACCAUCGAGUUGUAAGAAACAAAUGGUCGCGUUGAGUAAAGUGACUUCGAUAUCACCUGGUGCUCAAGGUGGCGGACAAAUUACUGUAAAUCCGUCUCAGUUGCUAUCCUGUUUGUUAGGCAUGCCUAUUACUCCAGAUCAGAUACGCACAGUCAGAUUCAAACCUCCGGGUAAACAACUCAAGCUUAACAAACCGAGUAAUAUUACUCCAUCGAAGUCCGCCAUCGACGAUUCCACGAAACCACUGGCUAAACGUCACUCUGAAUUGCUGCAAAAAAUACCAAAAACAGAAACAGGCGUCGCGAAGUCAGCUGGAAAUACGAAAGUGCAUCAAACUACCUAAUAAUCAUAAAUGAAUCAUUGACUCCAUGUGGAGUGUAUAAAUUUUGUAUUGAGCUAGUUGCUAUGUAAUUUAAAUGUAUGUAAUACUUCUGUAUUAGAUUUUAUUUUCGUCUUUUCGAUUUUGAAACCUAUUUUAUAGCUUUCUUUUUUGUUACUUUUCUUCUCAAUGAAUAAUAAUAAUAAAAAAAAAAUAUGGGGAUGAAAUUGUUCUGUUAGAAAUUAGGAUACCUAUUCAGUAUGAUUAGUUUUAGAUACGAUUAAAAAAAUAUUGUGUUAUGUAAUUUUACAGAUGUUGUAUUUUUGUAAUUUUAUAGCUUUCGUGUAAAUAUGUAUUUCAGAAAAUAUAGAUUUUCAAAUUGUC